AUGUCGGAUCUCCGUCUGAGCAAGGGCGCUAUCAAUGCGAUCCUGAAUGGGGGCGUCAAGUCGGCGGACGCCAGUGACCCUGCCUUCCAGUCGCCGCUGAUGCAGCUGCUCGCUGUGAAGUCGAUGCCGGAAGGUCGUCGGCGGGCGAUCCUCUACGACGGCUUCACCGUCACCCAGAACUGCAUCAUCAUGCACGACGACGCAGAGAGCCUCGACAAGUUCACGGUGAUUCGCGUGCGGGACUUUAGUCUUAGCACAUGCACUAUGCCCGCGGAGAACGUGACCGUGCUGAUUAUCAACAAGAUGGACCUGGUCAGAAAUGACAUUCGCUUCAGCGAGAAGCACGAGUGGAUCAGACUGGACGCCGCCGACCAGACCGUCGGCACGGUGGGCAUCUCCGAGUACGCGCAGGAGGCGCUGGGCGACGUCGUCUACGUCCAGGGCCCGGAGAUUGGCGCCGAGGUGGGCAAGGAUGACGAGGUGGGCGCCGUGGAGAGCGUCAAGGCGGCGAAUGAGAUCUACACGCCCGUCUCCGGGACGAUACUGGAGGUGAACGGCGCCCUCGAGGAGAAGCCCGGCCUGGUGAACAGCAGCUGCUACGCCGACGGCUGGCUCUUCAAGAUCAAGGUCAGGGACCAGGCGGAGGUGAGCGGGCUGAUGGAUGAGAAGGCCUACGAGGCCUUCCUCAAGUCUGUCCAGGAGUAG